AUGCCAGUUGGCCUGCGAUCACGUUCAUUGAAAAUAAAAACCGAACCUGAGGAGAUCUCUUCACCACCUCGAAUAAAACGUCGAGCACAAACGAAAGUAGAACUUCCUGAACAAGAUGAAAAUAAAGAAGAACCCGUACGUAAUGUUGAGGAAAUUCGUCGAAAAAAUCUUGAGGAUAACAAAGCAUUUUUAGAAGGUUUAUUAAUGACAAAAAUUCGUGAUGAUUUCAAAACUUUAACAAGUGCAUUACAAACAACAAUUAAAAAAGAAGCAAAAAAAAAUGGUUAUAAAUAUGUUACUGUUUCGGAAAAUGUUCCUGUUAGACGAUCACGUCGUCUUGCACAUAUGGAUAUUAAUGGAAAUAAACUUCCAUCACCCGAAGAAAGUGAUAAUGAAAUGGAUACUACUACUCAAAAUGAAAUUGUUGCUCCUACAUAUCAACGAAAAAUACAAAAACGAAUAAUAGAAAUUUCUCCAGAAGAACAAAAAGAACUCAACGAAAAGAUUAAAAUGUAUUUUGGAGAUAAUAAUCAAAAUAUCGAAUCGAAAAAAUCAACUUUUAAUUUUUCUGAUAUGGAAAUCCUUGAUCAAAAUUUUCUUAAAUUAACACCUGAUCGUCUUAUAUCCAUGGAUAUUCAUUCUCGUUCAGAUAUUCUAGCUAUUGCUGGUUGCGAUCGAAAGGGUACAAUUGGUCUUGUUGUUAAACCAACCGAUAAUUUAAAUGGUGCAUGGUGUAAAAUUAAUUAUAGUUUUCAUAAAGAAUACGCUACAUGUUGCCGUUUUGAUAAACUUAAUUCAAAUUGUAUCAAUUCAACAUCUUUUGAUUCAACAUUUCGCACAUGUGAUAUAACAAAAAAUGUUUCCACUGAAAUAUUUAAAGAUUCUCAACAAAAUGGAUUAACAGCGUUUGAUUAUUAUUCAUUACAAACAUUUUUGCUUUCUCGAGCCAAUGGUGAUGUAUUAUUAGUUGAUACACGAGCAAACCCAGUGUCAAUGGAAUCUUUUGAUGUGACAAAAAAACGUAUUCGUACUCUUGAUAUUAAUCCGAUGCAAAGAGAAGAAUUUUGUAUUGCUGGAACUGAUAAUUGUGUCAAAAUCUGGGAUUUAAGAAGGAUGACAACGAUGAAAUAUUGCUUAGAAACUGGUCAUUCAUGUUAUGGAGCUUAUUAUAGUCAAUCGGGUAGUCAUAUUAUGGCUACAACUCGAGAUGAUAAGGUUAUAUCAUUUUCGAGCAAUGAUAUACAAAAUUCAAUUGAUCCACUUAAUAUUCGACCAACAACAAAGAUUUAUCAUCGAAAUUAUGUUAAUCGUUUUGUAACACCAUUUAUGGCUGAAUCUUAUUCUAUGUUUGAUUCUUACUUUCUUAUUGGUUCAAAUGAUCAUCCUCGAGAAAUAACUGUUAUUGAUGAAAAUUGUAAAAAAAUAUGUUCAUUACGUAGUGAAAAUUUAAAUUCAUUAGCUACAGUUAAUGUUGGUCAUCAAACACUUCCAAUAAUUGUUGGUGGAAAUUCAAGUGGACGUAUUCAUGUCUUUACAGGUCAAAUUUAG